AUGGCCAGCUCAGGCGCGAUGGGACCCGCGAUGGGCUCGAUGCUCCUCCAGUCCUGCAGAGUAGCGCACGGCGUUUCUGCAAGACGGGCGGCAGCAGCGGCAGCAGCAUUCCUACGGCAGCAGCAGAGGGCCGGCCUUUCAACGACUGCGGCUAUGUUAAAGCGGCACAAAUACCCAGGGGCACGCGACAACCGCGACCACAACAAGCACCGCGGCGAGAGUGCCAUACGGCGGACGGGCACCCGGUGGCGGCUGUCCAUGUCAGACGAGCCGCUUCCCAAGCCCGUGGAGCGCUCCCAGCUGCCGCACAUCGAGACGGACGAGAACCACGGUCUCUGGGACUUCUUCUACGACCGCCAGACUGUGGCACAGGCGCCAGAGGAGGACGCUAAACACGGCCGCGGUUGGAGCGUCGAAGAGCUCCGCCACAAAUCGUGGGACGAUCUGCACCGCCUGUGGUGGGUCUGUGUCAAGGAGCGCAACCGCAUCGCCACGGCGACUUGGGAGCGCAACAAGAGCAAGCUGGGAUUUGGCGACGCCGAGAGCAAGACCCGUGAUUCACAGGUCCGACUCACCAUGAGAGGCAUCAGACACGUCUUGACGGAGCGGCAGUAUGUGUGGGAAGACGCGGUCAAGCUGGCCGAGACCGAUCUUGAGGUGAAUCUGCUGGGAGACGGAGCUGCCUACACGCCGAGCGAAUACCUCGAAUCGGAAGAAGCGGAGGUGGAGGUACCCGCUGCCAAGGAAGUGCCCGCUUCCGAGGAGGCUCCUUCCGAGGAGGCUGCUUCCGAGCUGGCU